UGCUUCCAGUCAUCAUGGGCUACAAAUAAAGAUAUAAACAUAAUAAAGAUAUUAUCUGAAGACAUUUGAAAAUUUACCAGUCAUUUUCUGUUAAAUAAUCUUUACUUUUAGGCUACUUUGUUAUUUUUUCAAGUACUUUAUACACAACUGCUGAAGCCUCACACAAACAGUUGCUGUGUGAAAACUACGAGUCCGCUCUUACAAGAGCAGCAAAAGACAGUAAUGAAAUUAUUAUGGUGCUACCAUGUUUUAUGACAAGUUACAUUCGGUUUUGAAGAUAAUAUUUUGAGUCAAAAUGUAACUGUAGUUAGAGUAACGACAGAGGACAGUGUAUGGAGGAUGACUCGCUGUGGGCGACCCUCGAAAAGGGAAUAGCCAAAAGAAGAARAAAGUUUCAAAACCAUUACACAAAUUUUACACAUAAAAUCCCAAAGUACUUGUAUGAAACGCACACCUGCCUGUAUAAUUACCAGUCUGUGAAUGCAUGGUUGUUUCUACGUAUAUAUUAAAAAUAACACUCAGAUGUGCCCACAGAUACACAGUGGUGUAAUACGAACCAUUUAUUACAUCUUCACACUUAUUAGUAGCACUAAAGAGGCACUUCUGGAAGAGGCACAGCUGUUCUGCCUCUGAUUAAAGCCUGCUUGUGUUCUGCUGUUAGUUCAACAAUCAAAGCAUUAUCCGGCUCCACUGGAAACCAAAUGUUUAUUUCUGUCAAGGUGAUGCACCUGCUCACAGCAGCCCCGCCCCCCAACUCCCCCCCAUCCUGGACUACACUACCCAGAACCCACCGCGCGCCGCUCGCUCUCCGCUGCGCCAGUCCGCCCCGCUGACUCGCAGAACCAGUUGGUUCGGCCCAGCUUCUUCUUUCCUGCCUCCUCACGGUGUGCUGCUGCCGCCGCCUCUGUUGUUGUUGCCUGGUGUCAACCUACGCCGACGACAGAAGAAGACGUAUCUCUCCCUCUGUUGAAGCGAGGUGGGGGGGCCUUUCGCUUUCCUCCUCGCCGGUGGCACCGCUGGCAACUCCUCGCCUCGCCUUGCCCGCCCGCCUGCCUCUCUCCCCGGCUCGAGUUGAGCAGCAACAGCUCGGAAACAUCUGGUCGCCGCAGAGAGUGCUACAACACUCCCCGUCCCCCCUGCGCCUGCUCGCCUUGGCAGCCUGUUAUGGAAAUUACUACAAAGUAGUUUGGGCUCCGAAAGGGGAAAAAAAGAGGGGGAAUAUUUGACGGAGGAAGUCGCCGGACCUUGUUGUCUGUUAUGAGGACRGCAGGAUGGAGUUCCCAGACCACAGCAGACAUUUACUCCAGUGUCUGAGCGAGCAGCGGCACCAGGGCUUCCUGUGUGACUCCACGGUGCUGGUGGGCGAUGCUCAGUUCCGCGCCCACCGGGCCGUGUUGGCCUCCUGCAGCAUGUACUUUCACCUCUUCUACAAGGACCAGUUGGACAAGAGAGACGUGGUGCACCUCAACAGUGACAUUGUGACGGCGCCGGCCUUCUCCCUGCUACUGGAGUUCAUGUACGAGGGCAAGCUGCAGUUCCAGGACCUUCCCGUAGAGGAUGUGCUAGCGGCGGCGAGCUAUCUGCACAUGUAUGACAUUGUCAAGGUGUGCAAGAAGCGUUUAAAGCAGAAGGCCACAACGGAGGCAGACAGCACGCGCAGAGAGGACGACGGCGGGUCCAGCUGCUCUGACAAGGCCGACAGUCUAUCAGAAGGAUCCACGGGUCGGCCUGCCUCUGCCGACCUGCUUCACAGCGAUGAAGAAGAGGAGGGCAAGGCUGAGGGAGGUCCACUGUGGCUGAGGCUGCCGUCCGCGGACAGACCCGUGACCCCAGGCGUGGCCAAAACCAGCCCAGGGCACGGCGAGCCUGAAAUUCAGGCAGGCGAGGGCCUCGGGGAGGGAGCAAAGGUGCUUUCCCCGGCCGGCAGCCCCAGCAGCUCCACUGGAUCCCUCUCCCAGAGGUCCCACCGCUCUGUGAGUUCUCGUGGAGGGCACAGAGGUAGGAGGGUGUCCAACGACGCAGCUGACUGCGUCCUGGAUCUGUCAGUGAAGCCGAUUGCCGGAAGCAACCACACCAACCACCAUCAGUCAUUUUUCAGUGGGGCAGCAACGCCGGACAGCCUGCAGAACCCCUUGGCUGUGAGGGUGAAGGUGGAGAGGGGUGUAAAUUCAGACGAGGAGGAGGAUUUGGGGGGUGGGGACUAUGACAUGGAGCACAGCGGCCUCACUAAAACCCCAGUCCCCAGCACUAACGGAGGCCUGAGCCACCACGGGGUUGGUGGGCCUCUGUCGGCCCAGCGAAGGCUCGGGCUGGAGGCGCACCUGUCUGCCCUGCGAGAAGCGUCUCUGGCCUCCGAGCUGGAGCGGGACGAGAAGCCUCCAGCCUCGGCGGACGACGAGGACAUACUGGGAGGAGAGAACGAGCGCGCCCAGGCCGAGGUGGCCAGCAUGGAUACCUCGCUACUGCCUUACGUCUCCAACAUGCUGUCGGCGCAGCACACCCAGAUAUUCAUGUGUCCGCUGUGCAACAAGGUGUUCCCCUCCCCGCACAUCCUCCAGCUCCACCUCAGCUCCCACUUCAGGGAGCAGGAGGGCAUCCGCUCCAAGCCCGCCGGAGACGUCAACGUGCCCACCUGCACCAUCUGCAGCAAAACCUUCUCCUGCAUGUACACUCUGAAGCGCCAYGAGCGGACUCACUCCGGCGAAAAGCCCUACACCUGCACCACCUGUGGCAAGAGCUUCCAGUACUCUCACAACCUCAGCCGCCACGCAGUGGUGCACACGCGGGAGAAGCCGCACGCUUGCAAGUGGUGCGAGAGGCGCUUCACGCAAUCCGGGGACCUCUACCGACACAUCCGCAAGUUCCACUGCGAACUGGUCAACUCGCUGUCAGUCAAGAGUGAACCGCUGGCGCUGCCCAAUGUCAGGGACUGGGCGAUUGAGGACAGCUCCCAGGAACUGUGGAAGUAGAAACAGACUGAUGAUGAAGGGAAGGAGAUGGAGGGUAAAAAAAGAAUAAAAGAGAAGGGCAGAGAUGUUUGAGGAGGUGAAAGGCAGGUGGAAGAGUUUGUUAGUUGGGGUUUAAGUGAAUCUUGUUCUUAUUUGUUGCAACAUCUCAUUCAACUGCACUUUAAUAGCACAUGAAAAUGUUACUACUGAGUUAUUUUGUUGGUAUUUGGGAUAUUAAUUUUUUAAUGUAUUUUAUUCUGAACUCCUAUAAUUUGGCAUUAGUUCUCCUCUGUUUGUGGUUUUUAUUUUGUGUCUGAGGACAUGGGGUUCCCAACGAGAAUGUCUCUGCUUUUUUUUUUUUAAUCGUCUUCACCCUGUUUAUGUUUGACCCCAGAAACAACACUCCGCCGCCAGCCAGCGUAUCAGUCCCCGGGCCACAGACAGCAUGCACCACUGCAGGAGUUCAGGUCGAACACACUGAAGUGAAAAAAGCGUUAAUAUACACUAAACGGGUACUGAGAUCCCCACGAACUGAACACGUGUGAUUCUGCACUACUCUGGCAAAAAUUUCACCUGACGUGUGUGUGUGUGUGUGUGUGUGUGUAUGAGUGUUAUUUUUUUAUUUUUUUUAUUUUCUACUUGCAUGAAGGUGUUGUUGGCGAGGCGCUCCCCACUUCUGUUAAGCUCUUUGGUGGUGUGUGUUCAGGGGAAAGCUGACUGACAAGCAAACUGAAGGCACUCAUUCAAUGCACAGCCUCCUUUUUUCACUUCCAAUCAAUCUGAAGUAUUUUCUAAAAAAGUGAGAAGACCUUUACAAAUUAUUAUUAUUAUUAUUAUUAUUAAUAGAUUUUUUUUCCCUUAAAUCUAGCUGGCAGUCUUUAAAACAUUUCUUGUUGUAAAGGUAUUUAAUUUAAGGUUGUUGUAUAUUGUUCUGUUAUAGUUUUAAGACUUUAUUCAUUACAUUUUUUAACUUAAUGAUUAAUAUUAUUAUUAUUAUUUUGUUACUUUAUUUUGUAAUGGGACCUGCUGUUGUUGCAUGACGUCCAAACCUGUAUAUUUUAAACUGAAAAUGUGAAUUUGCUGUAUUACUGUACACAUUGUAAUUGAUCAAAUAUCUGAUGACGGGCUUUUCCUUUUUUUCUUCUCCUUUUCUUUUUUGUUAAAUUUUUUGUGAAUACUACUCCAGGGUGCGGUCUGUUGAAAAGAUGAAUACUAUUCUCAUGACUAUGGGGAAGAAAAAAUGCAUGAACAUUUGAUUUCAUCUUAAACCUUUUAAGUUGUUUCUGCAUUGAAGAGGGGGGGAUUGUUUGAACAGCAAACUCCUGACAAUGAAGGGUUGUUUUCUACUCUCGCUCAGCUCCCGGAGGGACGUUACAGAACGCGUUUCUGUCGGAUGUGAAAGCAAAACGAUGAAGCAUUUUAAGCCUGUGUCUUUAUGCACUGAUUUUUCUCUGCUGUGAGUGUGUGUGUGUGUGUGUGUUUUCGAGUGUGUGACUUGGUUAGUACCAGUAAAUUUAGCCUACUGAGGAUCUACAUCCACCCAGCACUUCGUCUUCUUGCUCCUCCUCAGGCGUUAAAUGUCCCCCCACCUCUUCCUCCUCACGUAGGCCCUACCUUUUUUCUGAACACAGUCAAGCCAUUUCUAAUUAUCUCUGCGGAUUCGGCCUCUUAUUUUUGGUCCAAUCGAGUGCAGUUUGUGUGGCCAGGCUGAGGCGAGAAGGCUGCAGGUGGAAACCUCAGCCUGAGCUCUCCUGCUGAAAGUUGAAAGGUCAGACGCGUCUGUCACCUCGUUGCUUCGCGUCGAGCCGAGGCUGAGGCGUCGCUCUGCUCAUUACACGACACCUGUGUGGGUUUUUGUAAAUAGAUAGGGGAGAAUUGGCCUAGCUGAAAGCACCUUUGCUGAAAAGAUGCCUUUUAUUAAUAAAAAAAAAAAAUUCUAAUGCUAAGUAGUAUUCAAUACUGUAAAGCAUUAAGAAAUGGUUCUUGAAAUUGUGUAAAUUCAUGGAAUUUAUUGACUUUAUCAGACAAAUAUUGUCUUAUUAUAUUUUGAUUAUAUAAUUGGAAAACCUUUUUUGUGUGUCUCUAUGUAAAUGUUGGGUUGAGGCUACAUCAGUUUGACAAUUUUGUGUUGAAUUUAAAAAAAAAGAAAAGAUGGUCAAGCGUUUAUACAAUCCCAGGAACAUUUGGCAGAGAUCCGGACGCUCCACAUUUCCUCCUCUCUCAGAUAUGUGUGUUUGCAUGCCCCGUCAUCUGGUAGCACCUGCAGGCUUUGCCAACGCAACAGUGUGGGUGACAUUGCAGCAGUUUGCACCACAUCUUCUCGUUUUGGUCUUGAAAUGUUAUUUCUUCACUGGCAGCGCCUCUGCAUAUGGGCUCCCUCCAUCCUGCUGUUGUUUUCAUCGCUACUGCUGUUUUAUUUAUUUAUUAUUAUUAUUUUAAAAUGUUCUGUUCUCAUGGUUGUGCUUGACCGCCUUAAACUGCUGUACUCCGGGUUUUCUAUUUUGGUUUUUUAUUUAAGAUGUUUUUGUUUUAAAGUGUGAGUGUCGGGUGGAGUUGUCCACCGUUCUGUGAAGUAAUCGCCCUGACAUGACAUCUCCAUCUUUUUUGCUGUGCUUACUUGAAGGGGGGAGACUUUUUUUGUAAAGCAAAGUUUGGGGUAAAAUUAAAAAAGAAGAAGAAAAAAGUCAUAGACAGUUUAUAGAAAGGGUUAAGGGGGGAGGGUGGUGCUUAAAAUGACUGAGUUUUUUUUUUUUUUUUUUGAAAAAGGACAAUCACUGUCUUAGGGGAAAAAUAAACAAGCAGAUUUUGAUUGAGAUCUAUUUGCUCCCUGUUGAGAUUACAAGUUUUAUUUUAAUUUUAAGUUCUUGUUUUCAGAUUUAGUCAUUUUUAGCUUUGACAAUCAUAGUUCGGUUGUUUGUUUUUUUUCUCUCAAGGGGAGUAAAUUCUAAUUGUAUUUAGUUUUGUAAUUUUUUGGUGUGCUGUUGUUGACAUUUUUAAAUUGUGUGCAAACUGCAAUAAAUUAUAAGAAUCUUGAAAUUCC